GCUGAAUCGACGCCAAAAGAUAUCCGGGACCUUUCCGGCUUCGACUUGGUGCCGAUCCGCGAGUGGGCUCUCGCCAACUUUAUGUCGAUAUACCCGGGAUUCGCCGAGCUCGAGGCCAAAUUCUAAUCACAACCAGAGGCUCACCAAAACACCCUGGUGGGGCGGAGAGCGCAGCACUGCCAAUCAUUUGGCGGCGUUGCUUCAAGCUGUGCACACUUUGUGUGCCAGCUUGGAUGGAGCCGGGGUCCCGGCCCCGCGCCCCAGCCUUCUGAUGUUGCCGGCUUUGGGCCCGGACGCCAUGCAGGCUUUCAUAAAGAAAUACGCACACCUCCUCGGAAUGCCGAAAUCCACCAAGAAACCUUGGUGGGCUGGAGGGCGCAACACUGCCAAUACGUUGGCGGUGUUGCUUCAAGCUGUGCACAGUUUAGGUGCCAGCUUGGAUGGACCCGGGCCCCGGCCCGGCGCUCCUACCAUCUGAGGCUGCGAGUUUGGAGCCUAUCAGCGAGUCGGGCGAGGACGCUGCAUUCCGGUUCAUUAAUCAAUUCUUGAAGCCAUGGCUCAUGAGCCUACCUCCGCGGACGAGUGAGCGAAUAAUCGCGAAUCCGGAACCAGAGGACUGGGUCCAGAACACUCACCUCCGCGACAAUGCGACAUACGAAACCUGCAAGCAACCUUGGGGGCCUGGAGGGCGCAACACUGCCAAUAGUUUGGCGGUGUUGCUUCAAGCUGUGCACACUUACGAGUCCGACGAGGGCGCUGCAUUCUGGUUCAUCGAUUCGAUCCAGGACUGGGUCGAGAAUACCCACCGCCGCGACCUACGAAACCAACAAGCAACCUUGAGACCUGGAGGGCGCAACACUGCCAAUAUGUUGGCGGAGUUGCCUGAUGGAGGUGGAGAUGGAACGCCCUCCCAUCCCGGCAAUGCCGGAAGACCAGUUUCGACUGGUACCACCAGAGAUGACAUCGAGGGCACGAUGAACGACACACCCACCAGAAACAAGGGAGAGGCGAAGGAGAUUGUCAAGGGGAAGGAGAAGGCAAUCCCCAAGCUGCACCGAAGAAAAGUGAGGCCAAAGAGGUCCAGCUGGGAUUCGACUCUCAAGCUCGUUACUGUGAGUGGUCCGAUGCCUCCGGCUAUCAUGAAGAUAAAACAUGUCGAGGACCCAAAUUUCGAGUUUCUGGCAAUCUCGCAUCCGCUCCCAGUGAUUGCGCUUAGAUUUCGAGGUUUCCACAAGGAGCGUUUCACGUUUCCCGGCAUUGCCAGAAGCCUAGUUUCGACUGGUCUCACCAGAGAUGGUGGCCAAAUCCCCGAGUUUUACUUACGCUUCGAGAAGCACUCGAAGGAGCUAGUCAAGUACGCACGCCUCAUCAACGAUCCCAAUAGCGACUGGACGGAUCAAACCUAUAAGAACCUGAUCAACACGAUGGUCAACGUCCUUCGAUAUGACGAGAAGACACCGGCGGAGAAGAAAAUGGGGAUUGAUCCUACCAUUUUUCAUGAGUCUGCACGAGCACUGACUACUCUGCCGGCCGACAGCUUAGAAACCUGGGCUAUCACUAGGGCUCUGAUCGAGAAGAGGACAUUGACAGUGAACACGACGAAUUUCGACUUCGGCUAA